AUGUCUCACCACGGAUAUCGCCAUUCCCGGAUCGGCAGGAUCAUCAAUUCAAAGCAUCGACAUGAGGCUAGUGAAGGAGAUGUGGUGGAUGACUCGAACCCAAUCGUGCAGAACGUAAACGAAGUGCAAAAGCCUCUGGGGUCAGAGGAUACAAUUUUGGCCGAGCCAUGCUACCCGCUGCUGGACAAAGCUUGCCUGGAGAAUAGAGCUACUCUCUCCGAUGACUUCCUGGUAAAGCGACAAGCUGAGUCAUCUCAAACUACAGCUGCAGUGGAGACUGUAGUGCAAGUGGUGGAGAGUGCCUCGCCAACUUGGUCAUCCAUCGGAACGGACUUUCCAAUGACAAAUUCAAGCACGGCUCUUAUUGGGGUGACGAUCUCGGUGGGUGAUACAGUGCUCGUGACCUCUCCAACGGAUUCCCCGAUCACGUCGAUCACAUCAUCUACCACGCAGAUCACUACUACGGCCACAAGCAAGCAGCGUGUACCUAUUUCGUCGCCCAAGAUCUCUUCAGCUGCUAGCUCUCAGCCUUGUAAUUCCACUCCUCUGGUUUCAUACGCCAGCAGCCCCACAACCUCGGCUACGACCAUUACCCCAACUACAAACAGUGUUUACUAUUACCCAACAUCAUCACUGUCAUCUAUAUCAUCAUCAUCCUCCUCAUCCUCAUCGUCAUCAUACUUGUACUCAUCCUCAUCCUCAUACUACGACUACGACUCUACCACUUCGUGGACUGGCUACUAUUCAACCUCGACUCAGUCGCCAUCUUCAUCUACGGAAUCGUAUGGAGGUGCAGUGCACACUGGUACUAGUUCUGGCUCUGGGUCCGGUGAUGGAUCAGGAUCAUCCACGAACACAGGGUCUUCAGGCUCAGGACCUUCCAUCUCCGCUAGAACAUCAAAAAUAGUAGGCGGGGUUAUAGGCAGUGUUGCUGGUCUAGCCUUGAUUUUCGCUCUUCUCUUCUAUAUCCUUCGCCGUCGUGGCUACUUCCAGCGUUUCUUUAAAGACCAGGGAAACCAAGCCCUUCCAUCCAGCGAUGCCGGUACUGCUGCUACCAGGGAAAUGGCCGAGAGACCUUCAAGCGUCUUUACCACUUCGUACCUGGCUCCCGCCUUUAUGAAGCGCUGGCGCCAGUCGACCAUGACAACGAGGACUGAUAGCACAGUCGAUUCCAAUUCUAGCGAGCGCGGUUUCCAAAAGAUCUCGGGCCGGAAGAUACCUCCCGUUCUCACCCACGGAGGAGAUGGCUUUGGCGGUGGAUUAGAUGGUGACUCGCCUACCAUCCCCGACUGUCUGAUUGGUCUAUCUCUCCCAUCCGCUAGUGCAGGACCUAGUGGAGGAAAUUUGUCUUCUCCCGGUGGACAUGGUCCGCCUCCAGCAUCUCCGUAUGGCUCACCACUUGACACGAACUACACACGGGAAGCGGACGAAUUCCCACCCCCAGAACGGCCCAAGAUUCAACUUCCCGUCUCCAACUCAGUGAAUUUCGGCUCUCCCACAAUGGUCACUUCUUCUCCACACCUGAUCCCUCAGCCCCAAAGUGCGGUACCUCAGCAACCGGAUUCAGUGGGACGGAGCCAUCCAAGCUUUGACGGAAGCCGUGGCAGCCGCUUCACGGAGAGUCUAGAUCUGUGA